GUCGGUUCAAAAUGGCGGCUCCAGAUAAUGUGUCGGUAAGCGACGGCCAGUCAUGGAAUUCUUGGGCCGAGGCAGUCGGCUUGAGAGGCCCAGAAAAAGAAGAAGACACAGAAACAGAGGCAGCAAAACGCGAAAGCGAUGCAAUGAAGUUACGAAAAGAGGAUAUGGAACUUUUUGGACUUUGUCCGGCGUGGGAUGACUUUUACCUCGUUGUGUGCGAAAUUUGCAAUCAAGUCACAAAGCCUCAAGCAUUCAGAAACCACCUGGAACAACGUCACGGCAGCAACGCGUUUUCGCGCAGCGACCGUGCUGAUCCGUCCCUCCUUCAUUCUUCUUCCAACAAACCAUCCUCGUCCUCUUCCACCUCUUCUUCACGACCCCAUGCAGUGUCUCGAAAUCCUUCGUCGUCUGCCACGGGAAGUGGGAGUGGCAGCCGUCCACCAUCGUCAUCCGUCGACAAGAUCCGCCGCAACCACCACCACCCCUCCUUGAGUCCCGUCGUGCGGGUCGAGCGUAUGUUACUGCAGGGAAAACCUCUUCCAGGGGAGCGGAAAGAGUUGCCCUCCCCCCAGCAGCCGCCCCCAAUCACUCCGGGGGGAGCCGGACUGCUCACCGGACCGGGGCCAGGCGGAGGAAACCGGAAGUCCGGAGGGGGUCAGCAGCGGGAGCGAAAGCUGCUGCUUUGCAAAGAUCGUGAAUACGACCCAAACAAGCAUUGUGGUGUGCUUGUCGGAGACUCUGGAAAGCCAUGUACAAGGUCUCUAACCUGUAAGACUCACUCUCUCUCCCUGCGUCGUGCCGUUCCGGGUCGCAGGAAGAAUUUUGACGAUCUCCUAAUGGACCACCGAGCUGCCAAAGAGGCUUCCCUCGCAUCUGCGAGUGUUGCAAAGACUCCGUCACCUUCGUCCACGUCGUCUGCAUCGCCCGCGGCUGCACCUGGACAGGCCAAACACAGUGCCUCUUCUCUUUCCGAAGGUGCCGGGUGCAAAGGUUCCACUAACCUGAGCCACAAGUUCCCAAACCUAGCAGCUUGUAAAGUUUCCAAAACCUCACCUACUCUUGCCCAAAAGUCUGCAAAAAGCUGUAAACCCCACACAACUAUGCCAAGUUCGUGUGGUGGUAGUGGUGCAGCCCCCACUGCCUCAACUUCCGCUGCAUCGACUUCUUGCGCACCUAAUCCCGUGCCCUCCGCCACGACGGAGAGGCGUAGGCCCGAUCACAGCAACGAUCCGUACGUGCAACAUCAUCCGAAGCCCGUCGCUAUUUGCACUUUCGGAUUGCGGCAAUUGGGUAACGGACUCUUCCUUCUGGACCGACGGUGGGACUGCGCACGUUCUGCGUUACGAUUGGCCCUGGGUUCAGAGAGGAGUGCACACCCUCCCCCACUCAAGAAACUUUGUGUUGAGUCUCGCCUCCCUGAGGUACCUGAAGCCGAGGACCCCUUGGACCCCUACAGCUUCUCGUGCGCCGCUACGAGCUCCGCGGAGAAUGCGGCAUUACGGAACUCUUCAGCAUCCUCGAGCAGUAGCAGUGCUGUCGCGUUACCCUCGCCGCAGUGCGUCACGUCGCAUCAUCAGCCAUCAUCUUCCGCCGCCACCAAAAAUGCAUCAAAAACGACAUCGAAACAGCCACACCGGACGAAAGUUCACCAUCACCACCCGGUCAGCAAUGGCGGACUUUCAUCGCACCCCAUUUCAGGAAAGAAGAAGAAAGUGAGCUGCGGAACUGCCCCCACCACCCCCACCACCACCACCACUGCUGCUGCGGUCGUGCCUGCGGCGCCAAUAACGCUCUCAGCUGCGCCAAUAUCAUUUCCGUUCCGCAUUGGUGACCAGAUGGGGGCGCUGUCGCGGCUGCAGGUAGCGGGAAGGAACGUGUCUGACGGUGCUGUUGUGGUUACGGGGGAUGUGCUAAAUGGCCAAGUGAACAGUGUGCACUCUGUGACGAUCAGCAGGCCGGGGACGGGGUUGGGACUUGCCACCCUGGUGGGGCAAUUGCAGUGCCGGACAGAUGACAAAGGAAAAGUGGCAAAGGGGGGCAAGAAAGUUGCUCCCUCGUCUGGGAGGGUGGUGGAAAGGACUACGGGAGGGGUUGGGGCCAAGAACCACCAUCACGUGACGUUGGCUGCUUCGGAGUUGUCCAACAUGAAAGUGCCUCAUAUGAACGUGAGCUCUCUACCUAAUGGGCUGCUCAACUCUGGAGCCAAUCGUAGCAGCUCGGAACAUCCCAGUACCCCUGUGUCUCGGGGACCAAAGAAUGGCUCGAAACCACCAUCGAACAAGACCAUAUCGGCCGACGUCGGAGCAAAGCCGCCAUUGGCUGCCUACCAACAGGUCUUCACCAAUCAGGUGCAAGCCCAGCUGGUACAGAUCCAAGCACCGGGCUCCAUCAAGUAUCCCAUCUUGCUUCCGAGCGACGAACGCCGGCCCCGUACCCAACAGCUGAAGGUCCCCGGCGGAUCUCUGCCUACGUGAUGGUGGUGUUAGGUGUAAAUAAUAUUUAGUAUGGUGUGUCACUCUGAUCUUCCCCUUCACGCUGUCUCUUCAAGGGCCUUUUACCUCAUGUCGCUGAGAGCGACGCUAAAAGACGUUAUUUUUGCGAUACAUUCCUUUUGCGGUUCAGACUUAUGACUCCAGCUCAACGGAGAGUUAUCUUCAUAGAUAUAUCGGGUUGAAUUAUGGCUAGUUGAAAUUAUGUUGAUGUGCAGUUGGUGUUAAUAAGUGUGCAUCUGUCGCUUCUCUUUCGUUUUAUAUUUCCUCGGCUGAUGGAAGCUGUCGUUCGUAAAAAUGUCUCUGGCAGUGACCCAUGACUGAUCUGAUAAGUAUCACUGCUUUAUGUGUGUGGCCAUUAUGGCAACGCGGUGGGCACCUCAGUGUGGAAAAACAAAUUCGCAAAUUCGGAGGUGUAAUUGCAGCUAGUAGUUGGCAUUGUCAGUUUUCAGUUCCUCCAUCAAUGCAGCUGGAGUGUUACGGUAGCGUGCUGGCAUGUUUCUGUGGAACCUGGUAGGCAGAUUAGUGCUGCUUUUGGUCCUUUUCAGUUGUCAUAUUGCCUCACCGGAAAGCUAAAAGAAGCUUUUCGUACUUCACAGCUUUGUCAGGACGGUGAGGCUUUUACGGCACCACAAGUAUCGGAGUGUUUUCAUGAAAUACGUACCUCUGUACUGAAGUGACAAAUGCCGAGGCAGAAUCGUGAGUCACUGUUGACGUUACCACCAAAACCAUCGGAGAAUUUCCAUCAGUGAUCGGUGUUACAGAAAUGUCUUGUGCGGUAGCGUGAAGCUCUGUUUCCAUGGUUUUGAGCCUGAAGGCUGGAGUUCGUGCUACUUCUGAUCGCCGGAUCUUUUCCAUAUUUCUUAUUUGUGACAAAAUUAAGAAAGCUCGGAAGCAACUCACUGCCAACAUCUGUUGUAUGGAAGAAUAACAUACUACUAUGAGUGUAUUUUCUCUAUUCCUGAGUUCAUUUUAAAUGCCUCUCAUGUGCUUGCCCUCACUCUAAGCCUUAUUUGAUGUCUUACCCUGCAACGUUGCUGUUACCGCUGUACUACAUUAGAUGUGGCAAUCGGGAUCGCGCAAAAGCUUGCAGAUCAGGAUGGGUGGUGAUUAGACUGUUCAUGUACGGGCACUGAGGAGGUGCCUGAAGCCGGCACGGAAUUAAAUAGAUGUGCAGAUCCGAUGCGUGAGGUAUUUAAAAAAAAAAAUUGAACAUCUAAAAUGUGCGGAGCAAGUGCCAUAAAUAAUGGAGAACACAUAAAAUGCAGUUUUUUUGUUUUUUUUUUUCUACCACAGAUAAUGGGUGCUACAUGGGACAUUUUUGCACAGGACUUCAAAUGGAGUGCUCCUUAAAGAUAUUGCAGGUAUGCAUUAGAACAAGCCUGAACAAUCGAUGUAAGAAAACAUAAUUACAUUGAUAGGUGCACAUAAUUGGGACACACAUUGAGGACGACAUGAAUUUGAAUGCGCACGAGGGAAGGCCGCCAUGUUUUGAUAUAGUAUAAUUAUAUUUAUAUGUGAAACUUUAUAAUUAACAACAUCUGUACAGGUUCCUUGUCUUGCUCUCUCUGGUUUUCUUUGACACCCACGAAAAGGGUGUGGCAAAUUUUUUCGAGGUGCCACUCGAAGAGGGGAUAUAGAGAUAUAUAAGUAUAUUACAAAGUUAUAGUGAUGUCUGUAAAUAUGUACAUAGAAUUACAAUGCCUUGAACAGGAUGCUCUUUUUUUUUUUUUUUUUACUUUUGUUCAAAGUCGUGUGUGUUUUUGUUAUGAGACUUGACGUUCUUUUUCGGGGUCAUGUUAUUGUUAACACGUAGCGUGGCCUUCUGUAGGAAACAGUGUUCCAGCAAGCACGUUUUUAGGUAUUACGGUUCAAAAUUGAACCGAGAUCCGAUUUGAUUAGUGAUAGAUGAAUCGACGUAUAACAUGCACAACUGCAGCACGUAUCCAGUCUGUCAAUUUAACAUUUUUGUAUCUGAUAAGCAUAUCUUGAAUGGGUGUGAAACUGAAAAGAAAAAUUCAUUCUCGUCUUGGUCAGGUUGAUAGGAACGUGCGUAAAUGCUUUUCUUUGUUAGGAUAUAGUAAUCAUGGGUUUUCUCUUUUUCAUCUUUUUUUUUGUCAAGGAUGAAGGCUAAAUGAGACACCUGAGCUAAACAUACCAUGGACGACAUUAGACACACUUUUAGAACGACGAAUGACUGGAUAGUCGCUGCGAAACAACAGUCUAACAAGUGUUGUUACGUUAACCGUUGUAUCACAAUCGCUUUGAACAAACAAGCACAGAAGGGCACACCAGAGAAGUGUUUGGACAGUGGCCCUGGCACUUGUGCUGGGAUCUAAGAUGUGCUUAGGAACUCGCUGGAACAAGUAAUCGUUGCUGCAAAAACUUAACUCUCUGCUGUCUUUGAAGACGCACAUCCUGCUUGUCUUUUAUUUGCUACACGGUAGUUCUCGUUCCUUACAGUGGCCGUGACAUAAUGCAAAAGCGUUGUGCUGAAACGAUGAAAGCAUGUACCAAAUUAAUGUAUUCUUGUUUUAUGCACCAAAAAGGCAAAACCGCAGACAUAAAUUGAGCCAUCAACAUUGCCAGAGAUUGUGUACAUUGUGGCUGUAACAUACUAAAAAAAUUGUCAGAAUUCAUUUGCUGUCCUAUUUGUUGACUAUUUUUGAGCAACGUCUCAAGCUGCAUUAAAAUCUACAAAACAUAUUAAUUUCCUAUUUGGCAUCGUUUAGAUUCGGGAGAUAAAUCAACCAACACACAGGGAACAGAGGUUCUGACGGAGUUUGAUAUUUAGAUACCUAGAGUAAAAUGUACGUUGAAGCUGUAAGUGUGAUAAUGCAACAGUCCGGGUCCCCUUUCUGACAAACACAGCAGGGUUCUGGUAUGUUUUCGUAGUAGAUUAAUCUGUGCUUACAAACACAUCAUUGGAUAAAUUGUAGAUGAUGACGACACUUUGAAUAACGCACUAAUUUAUGACGAAAGGGGUUUGGCAGUUUGGCGGAGAUAAUAGAUGGAUGUCAUGACAAUUGACAAGAUAUAGGUUAUUAGAAAAUUUGCGUCAGGGCUAGGCAGAAACUGAUGCUGUUGUGAGAUCACAGUGCUUCGCUACGUCGUGCAAGUGCACUUUAAUGACGUUCGGUGUGGCAUUAAUGUCCGCUUUUAUUAUUAUUAUUAUUAUUAUUAAUGUUGUUUGUUAUCUGAUUGUUUGCAUCAAAAUAUCACACCCCCUUUGAGAAUUACCCGUUGCAUCGUGUUGGAGCAUUCAUCUAGAAAUGACGGAAAAACGUGAUUAGCGCGAUUAUUUUAUAAUGGCAGUGUGGGACCGUUACACAUUAGUUGUAGAGCCUGGAUUUUCCCAUUAAGAUUCCAUAACUCUGAAUGGUGAUGCUGAAUGGUUUGUGUGUUUUGGCUAACUAUUAUUCUAAAUUAAGUGGCCACGGCCAGCAUACUAGACAGGUGGAGCCAUGUGAACAAAGAUUGAGAAAAAAAAACGACUCGAGCUAGGUUGGGGAGACACCACUUCCUUCUUAUCAUUACAUAUCCAGUUUGUGCACUUGCAAAGAGUAAUUCGGUCUUGUUUGUGCAUGCACGUGUACGUCAUGGUUGCUGUGAUAACGUAGGUGUGAUUUAAUCAGUUCUUUUCUCAAUUUUAUCUUUUUACUUAAAGAAAUCGUCUGCUGCCUUGCCAGGGGGUUAAGAACUGUGCUUUUGGGUGUUUUCUGUUGGUGGUAACUGCCACGCUCGCUCACUGUUUUAUGUUGUCUGUUUAAAGCAGGUUGUUAUCUAGUCAGUAAGCGACAAAAGGAAGAUCAUUUGUGUUAUGACGUCGGCAAAACAAUUGUCAACUACCUUGCUCACGCGUGUCUUGCGGGUAUAAUGUCACUAAAAUCUUGCCACGUUAACUUGUUCCAUUUUGCUUGAGUGGUAUAUUUUGAACACUACACUCUGCAUUUACUGAGAAAUAUUUCUAUAUUCUCGUAAAAAAAAAAAAAGACUAUGAUAAGCAGGUACUGUGUGUAUUGUUUUGUGGUGGCAGGCAUUUAUUUUUAGAAACAACGAAGUGACACUGGUUUUUGGGGUGAGGCAAAAUCCUCCUUAUUGAACUCCCCGAGACUUUUUAUGUUCGUCGUAGUUAGACUUGACAAUACACACACGGCCUUUUGUAUAUGCUGUAAAUACAAAAUAAAGGCUAUUUAUCUAUCUUUAUGCA